GAGGAGGAGCUGGGCUCCGGCUCAGGUGGAGGCAGUGAUGCUGAGAGACUGUGAAGAAUAUCUGACAGCAUCCUGGGAACUGCAUCACAGUGAGUCGGACUUCUGAAUCGAGCAGCCCAGCCUAGCAACUGAUAAGAGUGAAUGUAGGUGAGAAGCACUGCCUUAUUCCUGUAACAGGAGAACUGUUUUUUACAAGUGAAGCUGGGAAUGUGCAAGGAGGAAUAUCUUGUGGCUGUUUUAAAAGAAGAAGGACUUCCCCGGAUGACUUGGUGAUGCACAAGAAAAUAACUUUCAGAAGAGUGCCGCUGCAUUGUUCCUGAGGAAAUGUCUGUAUUUUUAAUGCAUGGUCUUCCUUCAAAAGGUAUGACAACAAAGGCUGACAAGCGACUCUCCGAAAUGCCUGCACUUUAAAAGAGACUUUUGACAAUGUUAACCUUACACCAGAACGACCUUGGAAGCCUUCUGGGUGGAUUCUAUCCUGCCAGCCUUUCAGUAUUUUGGACUCUAGGAUUUAAACUCAUCUUGAUCCGUUAGAGGUAUUUUAAAACGAGACCAUUUACAGCCCACCCAGUGGUCCCUGUGUUAAUUGAGCACUUGCUCAAAAUAGAACACAGAAAUAGAAGAGACUUGUUUAAACAUAUGGCUGCUACAUAACUGCAAAAAUAACAAACAAGUUGACCCCUAAGAAACAGCCUUUCUGAGGAGGACGAACAGCCCACAGAUGCUUUUCUUCCUCUGGCAAUUGAUUUUUUUCUUUUUGCAGAUUUAAUUUUUUAUAGUACAAGGUAAUAAAUCCAUUUUCUCUAGUAGUGCCUUGUGUCUGCAAAAAGUUCUUCAAGACCACCAGAGGAAGCUAAUGAGUGACCUUUUCCCACCUCCUUUGUAGCUUUCCCCCUUCCCCUCCCCCCUCAGAGCUGAGGUGUGUCACUGCUGUGCAGAGGCUGAUGAAGAGACCUGAGUCCUGUCUGGGAUGCUCAGCCGUGACAGAAGCUCUGCUGCCACCUCCCGAAGCCGAUCCGAGACACUCGGGUGCAGAGUUUAACAGAUGCUGGGCAGGGCACCGCCUUGCUGUAGCCAAAGCUGCAGAGGUCCCCUCGAUUCCAAGCCAUGAAUGAGUCCAAGGGGCCUGAAUGGAGGAUCCUGAACCUGACCAGUGGCCUUGUGAAUGUAUCUGAGCGUCACUCCUGCCCACUUGGAUUUGGCCACUACGGUGCCGUGGAUGUCUGCAUCUUUGAGACAGUGGUUAUUGUCUUGCUGACAUUUCUGAUCAUUGCCGGGAAUUUAACGGUCAUCUUUGUCUUUCACUGUGCUCCACUCCUGCACCAUUAUACCACCAGCUAUUUCAUCCAGACGAUGGCAUAUGCGGAUCUUUUUGUUGGAGUCAGCUGCUUGGUCCCCACUCUCUCACUUCUCCACUACUCCACAGGUAUCCACGAGUCAUUGACCUGCCAGGUUUUCGGAUAUAUCAUCUCGGUUCUAAAAAGCGUUUCUAUGGCAUGUCUUGCUUGCAUAAGUGUGGAUCGCUAUCUUGCCAUCACCAAGCCUCUUUCCUACAACCAAUUGGCCACCCCUUGUCGACUGAGAAUUUGCAUAAUUUUAAUCUGGAUCUACUCCUGCCUAAUUUUCUUGCCUUCUUUUUUUGGCUGGGGGAAACCUGGUUACCACGGGGACAUUUUUGAGUGGUGUGCCACCUCUUGGCUCACCAGUGCCUAUUUCACUGGCUUUAUUGUUUGUUUACUUUACGCUCCUGCUGCCUUUGUUGUCUGCUUCACUUACUUCCACAUUUUCAAAAUUUGCCGGCAGCACACCAAAGAGAUACAUGACCGGAGGGCCCGGUUCCCUAGCCAUGAGGUGGAUGCCGCUGGAGAGACUGGACACAGCCCCGACCGUCGCUACGCCAUGGUCCUGUUUCGGAUAACCAGCGUAUUUUAUGUGCUGUGGCUCCCCUAUAUCAUUUACUUCCUGCUGGAGAGCUCCCGGGUCUUGGACAGUCCGACACUGUCCUUCCUAACAACCUGGCUGGCUAUAAGUAAUAGUUUCUGCAACUGUGUAAUAUACAGCCUUUCCAACAGUGUUUUCCGGCUGGGCCUCCGGAGGCUGUCCGAGACCAUGUGCACGUCUUGCAUGUGUCUGAAGGAGCAGGACACACGGGACCCCAAGCCCAGGAAACGGGCUAAUUCCUGCUCCAUUUGAAGAGAGCUGCACAGUAAAUCAAGUGUAAUCUGACACUGGUUUGGGAUCGCGGUCUUGAUUCACCUGGAAACUUGCCACUGGAGAAGAGAAAUAUUUACCAGAAUAGUUGACUAUGAGAUGAAGGGACUGAGGGUUUCUGCCCCCCCCCUUUUAUGGAGGAAAAAAAAUAAAGAAAAGGAUGUAUAGGGAGUAAUCUCAUGAGACAGUUAUAGCAUGUGAGUAUAAAUGUGCAGUAACAGGAAAAAGUCAGCACUGGGGGGACCCAAGUAUCUCAGAUCUUCCACCGGAUGCGAGCACAGCCCCUGGUGUCUGUCUGACCGAGCUCUCACCUCUGUCUUUGUCUCUCAUUCUGUCUCUCUCGCUCCCACUGUGUUUGUGGAAAUUACAGCAAUUGCUCUCUAUAGAGAAAUGCUACAUAUUAUAUAUGUGGCAAAGUGUAAUCUUUGGCAUUAGAGUGUGCUUUAGCACACUGACCUGGAAUUACUAAGUGGUCCUCACGGAGGAUGCACAGUAAGCGUUGUAUGUUAGUACCAGCCGCACACCCCCUUUGCUGGUGUUUUUAUACACUCUGCAGCACAAAGUUUCUGCCCCGAGCAAAAAGAAACAGUGUUUGUAUUUCCCCAGGGUAAAAUCAUGUUCCCCACCCCUCCUUCCGACAGCCUGCUGUGUUUUUCUUCAUCUGCAUCCUUUGGUACCUUAAUCCAGAAGUGUCUUAGAUAAUGAAAGAAUCUACUGUAUAAAGCAAUCAUAAUGUUAAGUAAUUUAUUCCUUUCAACAAAGCAAUCAGUAGCCUGUUUGAUACUGUGUUAUAUAUUUUUAAUGGCUUUUGGAAACACUUUUUUCUGGUUCAUUUUAAGUUCUUUCAUGUACCCAAAGUGGUGUCCUUUUUGCUGUAGUAAAGCUUUGUUUUCCUCUAAGACAAUCUACAGAUAAUUCUCAUCAGACGCAGAGCGCUCAGCCAGAAGAGAGGCAUCCCUCUCAAAGCUAUUUGGUGUGUCUUUUUUUUUUUUAAGAGUAAAAUAUUGACCUUUUUAUGUUAGGUCUACAAAACUUAACU